UCGCAUUAGCCUUUCGUUCUUACUUGUUCAAUGUCAAAGUAGAGGUGGAAAGCUGGUUUAAAAGCCGAUGCUGUUAUCGCUCUGCUUUAGAAGUUUCACCGAAGUCGUGAGGCACAGAGUUUUAAUCAAGUAUUCCAGAACAGCUCAUAAAAUGAACCGAAGUUUAUUACUCUGGACUGUGGUGUUGAUGCUAUUAAUUACCGGCACAUUUGCUCAGUUGUUUCAUAGAAGCGGCAACUGUCCACUGAGAAAUACAGUGACCAAUUGCACCCCCAGAUGCAUGAGUGACGAACAAUGUCCCUUCAAUCAAAAAUGCUGUCCGAAUAAAUGCAGUUCCACGUCGUGUGCCCAAUCGAGUGCUAUAAACACUGGUAGUGAUGGCGGUUACAAGGGUUCGAGCAAUCAAGCCGUUUACUGUAAUGGAGUGAAAUGCGCCGCGUAUGAAAAAUGCCAAUACGACCGCAACGCCAAACGAGAGAAAUGCACCCGCGCUUAACACACAAAUACACAUAAAAAUAAGUAUGAUGUAUGGUAUAUGGUAUAUCUUAUGCUUAUAUCAAUUAUGGUCUAUCUUUCUAUGGUCUAUAUUUUCUCUUUAUCUUAAUUUGUUAUCUCUUACUCCGAUUCAAAUUUCUUGACAAUUUUUAUUAAAAAACAUUUUUUUGAAGUUAAUUUACAUGCCGAAUCAGAAAAAAACUGUAAAUGCGUUGUAAGAUGCGCUUAAUGUAAUAAGCAAUAGCAGUGUGUCAUCCACGCACAAGAAAUGAAAAUUAAACCCCGACCAGAUAAUGAAAAUGAUUAUUUCUCGUGAUUUACUUUCUCAAUCUUUGAUACAUAAGCUGCUUGUAUUGAAAUAAAUGCUGAAAAAUGACAGAAAUGAAGAAUCAAAGUUACGUUAAUGUCAGCACGUUUCAUAUAGAGAAUACAUUUUACCUACCGCAUUACAUUAUAUAUCUUUAUACAUAACAAUGAAUAUAUACAUAUUUAAUCAAGUCAAUUAUACAAUGAUUCGAAAGGAAAUCAACUCUUAUUGAUAUAAAAAAUAUCAAAAUAUUUCAAUUCAUACCUGUACUUGUGUAUCAAUUUAGCAAUAAAACUGAGUAAGGAUGUUAA